AUGAUUGUCAUUUUUUCGAGCAGCCUGGAGACAGGCAUCAGAAAACACAGGUUUUUUUGUCUGAAUUAAAGUAGCUGAAAUAAGUUUAUUAGCACAAUGGCUGCGCGAUAUGACAGAGCUAUCACUGUCUUCUCUCCUGAUGGACAUCUGUUUCAAGUUGAAUAUGCACAGGAGGCCGUGAAAAAAGGGUCCACAGCGGUUGGUAUCCGCGGGAAGGACAUCGUUGUCCUGGGUGUGGAGAAGAAGUCGGUGGCCAAGCUGCAGGAGGAGAGGACAGUACGCAAGAUCUGUGCCCUGGAUGAGCAUGUCUGCAUGGCCUUUGCAGGUUUGACAGCAGAUGCUCGUAUUGUGAUCAACAGAGCUAGGGUGGAAUGCCAGAGCCAUAGGCUAACAGUGGAGGACCCUGUUACUGUGGAGUACAUCACACGUUACAUUGCCACCCUCAAACAGCGAUACACCCAGAGCAACGGCAGGAGGCCCUUCGGCAUCUCUGCCCUGAUCGUCGGCUUCGACUACGACGGCACACCCCGGCUCUAUCAGACUGACCCCUCUGGAACCUAUCAUGCUUGGAAGGCGAAUGCCAUUGGCCGCAGUGCAAAGACGGUUCGGGAGUUCCUGGAGAAGAACUACACAGACGAGGCCAUCGCAACUGACAACGAAGCAAUCAAGCUGGCCAUCAAGGCACUGCUGGAGGUGGUCCAGUCAGGAGGCAAGAACAUCGAGCUGGCCAUCAUCAGGAGAAACCAGCCACUGAAGAUUCUGGAGUCCAAAGAGAUCGAGACGCUGGUGGCUGAGAUUGAGAAAGAGAAGGAGGAGGAGGCAGAGAAGAAGAAGCAGAAGAAGUCGUCAUAAACAGUUUCUGGAAAUGUCUUUUUUUGGCGACUUUGACCACAUGCACCUGAUCACUCUUCUGGUGGUUCUGAUUGUUGUGUGUUAGUGAGCUGUUCCACUGAAAGCUGCUCAAUAAAACAUGUUCUUUUUUUCUAGUUUGUA